AUGGACGAUUUGAUUUCGUCGACUUCGAGCAGCACUAGUGACCGGUUAGGUAAGUGUCCGAAGUGUGGAGCUGGAUUUCCCGAGCAUUUGAAGCUAAUUUACGACCUUAUUUUAGGUUGGCUGGACGUAAAUGCCUUCAAUUUGGAAGUGGAGAGAAACAAAGUUAGAAAUCAUACUGAAAAGUGAGUAGAACGAGUCCUGGAGUUGUCAAAUACCAUAUCUACUAUUUCAUUUUUCAAUUUUUUUUAAUUUAGCUACAAAUGGCAAAACAACAAAAAGUUGGUGGUCCGCAGAGGAAUCGGCUUCACAAUUCACCUUUCCACGUCCAAACCUUUCAAUCUGCGGGCACACGCGAUAAUUUUUAUUUUUAAUAUUGGCACAGGACGUUCCCAGCCGAACGCUACGCAGCAAAUCCAAGUCCUCCCAAAAAUCGCGAUGGAGCAAUCCCAAUUCGGGACUGAUUGGGCCGCCGAAAUAUUGGAGAGUGAUGAGAAUUCGGUGGCUGUUGAGGUGAGAUAUUUUUUGGGGGAAAAAUAAAAAAAAUAUUUGUAAAAAACGCCAAAUUUUAUGACGAAAAAAACUACCCCGCACGUCAGUCCAAAAUAGAACAAAAAAUUUCCCGCCCCUUUUUGGUGAUUCGUUCAAAACGAAAUGUCACUAUCCGAUAAAACGCAUUUUCUUAUCUUUCUUCUCCCUUUUCGAGAAAAAGGAAUUAUUUCGAACGAGAAAAAGUGCCGAUAAUUUCGUGACAUUUCGUCUCUCUUUUAAAUCAAUGAAAACGAUACGAAGUUUCGAAACGGUUCAGGAAAUGCGCUGGAUUGACGUGCCCCGGGGCAAUCGGAUUUCCUUCAAAUCUUCUAGGCUUGUUAUUUCUGAAAAUUUUGGCUUAUACGUAGUAGUUAGACAAACAUUAAAAUACAGUAGAUGUAAAAAAUAUUUCGGUUAUUUCCCAAAGUUCGACCAGUCGAUUUUUUUCAAAAAUUUUCCCUAACGCUCCACAUAGGUCCCCUAUCAAUUCCUACAAAAUUUAGCCCAUGCUUUUGAACUAGGCCCGAGAUAUUCGUCUUUGAAGUCGAGGGAGUACUGAAAAUGAGGAGAGUUGGACAGACGGCCGAGGGUUUUCAGCCGUAUCUUUUGGAAUUCCGCUUUAAGAAAAUUGAUUUUUUGUACAAUAGAAAAAUUCUAUCCGGCAGCUUGAACAGAAUACUAAUGUGCCGAGUUGCAACGUGUAUGAGGGUCCCUAGUCUAGGUCCUAUCUAAGAUACCAAGCCCAAUUACUACUAUACAAAAAAAUUACACUGAUCAACUCACAAAGUUUAACUCCACGGGAUACGACGAGUUGACCAGACAAUACCAUACAAUAGACAAACAAAUAGUAGACAAUUUAUUGCGCAGCGGUAAAUUGUCUGCAGAAUAAUUUACACUUCUUCACACCCUUCACACUCAUUGAUUGGACGAUUUCCAUUCCUUUUAUACCAAUUUGUAGGACAUUGGAAAUAUGCAAAUUUUCACGCGAAGUGGUGACACUAAAUUUACUCCAUGAAAAUCGGAAAAAAUUGAUAAUUUUCAGAAUGUUUUGACCAAAAAUUCAUGAUUUUUUUCGUCAAAUUGCUCGCUAAAAACCUCACCCACACUAACCAUCAUUCUUUAGAUCCACAUCCCCAUAAAAUGCAUCAUCGGUUGUUGGAGAGUCCGCAUUUUUAGUGGCUCCUCCGAUGAGAAUGAGCAAAUCAGCAACGUCCAUGAAUGUAGUGUGUCUAAAUUUCAAAAAUUGGAUGUUUAUGUGCUUUUCAACCCGUAUUUGGAGGGUAAGCGAAAGUUUCGGCCAAGUAUUAGAACAAAAAUUUUUGAAAGCAAAUUUGGGUUUUUGCUUUCCAAAAUUUUUUUUGCUUUACAAAAUUACUGUCUUGGCUUUCCGAAAAAUUAAUCUUGCUUUCCGAAAAAGUUAAUUUCCGCUUUCCAAAAUUUUAAUUUCCGCUUUCCAAAAUUUUAAUUUUCGCUUUUCAAAAAAUUUAAUUUUUGCUUCCCCGAAAAAAAUUUGUGCCGGCUCCGCUGGGAAAAGCUUGCGUCGCGGCAGUAUCGCACUUGCACGGUGCAAAAAGGGGUUUUGUGCACGGUGCGGUCCACUUCCGCGACACGCACUGUGCAAAAACAGAAGUUUUCUUUGCACUGUGCAAUAGGCUUUUUUGGGCUGUCGCUCGCACCCUGACGUUUUCCGCACAGUGCACUUUUAUUGCCAACUUUUGUCUGUUCUUUCGACGAAGUCGAAUCAAAAGUGGAAAGGAAGAGGAGUGUGUACGCCCAUAGCCCGUUGAAAGCACGCCAUCCCGUCCGAUCUGGCAAGUUAAGCAACGGUGCGCUUGAUUAGUACUUGGAUCGGAGACGUCCUUGGAAUCUCAAGUGGCGUACGCGUUUUUGACUUUUUUGCAAAUCAAAAUCAUAUUUUCCUUCCGGAAGGGCUGUGAUUCAAAAAAAAAAAAUUUUCCAACUUUAGCGGACCCCUCAUUCUACGAAAACGCCUGUGAACGCGCGUUUUAUCUGAAUCAACAGACGGAAUUGUCGUUUUCCGGGACAAAAGUCGGCCCAAAUAGUUACAAUUUUAGCAAAAACCCAUGGGUUCAUGGACAGGUAAGAUGACUUUCAGCUUUUUUUAGAGUCCAAAAUUCGAAUUUCAACCCAAAAAAUACAUAUUUUUUAGUUUGAUGAAAACACCCUAAAAACGGCCGUAUUUUUGCUGGAAAAGAUGACAAAAGACGAGAAGAAGCCGAAAACGACCGGAAUUACGGUGAAUGAUCGGAUGAAUGUGGUCCGGGUGAUUAGAAAAAUGGCGUUUGCGGUAAAAACAAUCUUCUUCAUGACAGCGGACGCGGAAAUUGAUGACACAAAUUUCAUCUCAACCAAGCAACUGAUCGACAAAUUUAUCGAAUCCCAGCGCUCGCUAAUUUCAACAGAGAGUUUCGUACAAGCGAAUCUUUACAUCUCGUUGAUUCGUUCGUUGGGAAUUUGUGCCCGUUCGGUUACUUGUAUCGAAGCCAGCUACGACGCGGAUCCCACGUUGACGGUGGACCGGGCUUUCGUCAAGAAUUCGGACGACUUUACGUUUGAGCCGAUGAGAAAUAGUGUGGUGAGCUUUUUGAAAAAAUUGAUUGUAAAAUACGAGGUAUUAACUUAUAUUAUAUAUACAUAGACUUACAAGGGAAGUACUACAAGUCUUUAAACUUGCACACCCGUCAGAAAUAAGCCACAUUCAAUUCGUAAAAGCUUUACAGCGACGGACCUGAUCCAGUGGCAAAAAACGUAUCAUUUCGCAAAAUGAUACGUUUUUUGUGACUGGAUCCGGUCCGCCACUCUAGUUCGUACUUUGCCGGCGCAGCCGAGAUAUUCAACGAUCUUUACGGCCGAGAGAGUACGCAAAACGCGGAGAGCGGUCAGAGAGAAAAACACUUUUUGGCCAUAAAUUUUGUAGAAGAUUAUCCGGUAGAAGCAGAAACACAACUUUUUCAUGUUAAAACUCGCCACAAAGUACCCAUCUUUGCCAGUUUUCGAGCGAUUUGCCAGUUUUUCGAGUAGAAGGCUUGGCUGUCAAUCAUUAUUCAGAAAAAAUUUUUUUUUCAACUUUCAAGGUCUUAGCAAACUUUCUAUCAGUCUGUCGGGAAAAUAACGACCACAUAUUCACAUCUAAAAUUGUGAUCGCCGCACGUCAAACUGAGGAGUCCGGUGACCGGAAUAGACUCUUCGCUAUCAGUUUUUUACAUUUCGUCUUGAUUUCCAGAGAAAGAGAGAAAAAAGACACGCAAAAGCGUACUCUCUCGCCCCAAAAAUUCCCCAUUUCAAACGUUUUUUCGCGUCUUUUUUUUGGCAAAGUGCCAAUCCGUUCAACGGACUGUUUUAGCUUUCUCAGUUUGACGUGCGUACUCUAACUGGAUCAGGUCCGUCACUCUACUGUAAAUUCGUUUAGGGUCAGCUCUGGGAAUGCACGCGAACCUACCACAUCUGGGUCGAAUGUUUUUGCCGCCGCUCGGACAUUGGCUCCGAGUUCGACGGCUGGCAAUUGGUCGAUCCGACAGCGCCCGAGUCCCCGUUAUCGGCGCGACAAUUUGGGCCGGCUUCAUUGCGCUCUUUGAAGGCGACAAAACUGGAGGUUCCCUACGAUGCCAGACUCUUUUAUGGAAUGUAUCGCAGCAACAAAGUCCAAUGGUUUUAUGAAUACGAAAGCGAAGCGGACGAGUACAGAUUAUUGCAUGUGAAAUUCUGCUGGGGGAAUGAGUUGUAA